AUGGAGCGCGGAAUCACAGCAAAACACCGAAACGGAAUGUCGUCGUCCAUAGCCCUCAAGUACUCAAUCAUCACGCUCCUACUCUCCGCCUCGUCUUAUGCUCAGGACUCUCCCCAAUGCUCAGCCAUCGCACCGCAACUUGCAUACAACGCCUCCUCGUCCGUCACUAUCCCUGCCAUCACGGUCUCCAUCCUCGGUGACCCUGAUGAUGGCGAUGUGCUGAUCAGAAAUGUAACCGGAUCAAACUGGACGCUGAGCUCCUACAUACAACCACACUCUCCCAAACCACCCGAUACAGAUACAUAUUUAUGGCUAGAUGUCGGGGACUCUGACCUUGAGCGCCUCGGGCGCACGAUGCGCGCAUGCCAUACUUUCGUACCGCUGCAGUUCCAAAUCGGUGGGAAUGUGACAUGGAGCUAUGAUACGCUGGAGAAGAGUGUGCAGGAUACGGGAGACUGUAGGAGUAUGGUCAGUGAAGAGUGUUUGGCGAGGUUGAGAAUCCAGUAUUUCAAUGCAGGGACCAGCGAGCGGAGGCAGUACAGCGGCUGUGCGGACAUCAACACAACCGUACCAUGGGAGUGUACGAGUAGUGGAAUGUUGAUGCCAAGGAGUUUGCCGGUUCCGGAAUUCAACUCCAGUCUCUCGUCGCAUUUCCCCCACUUGCUAGACAACUCCACCCGGGAGGGUCUCAACGAGAAUAGUCAGCUGGACUACGACCUAGCGACCAACUUCCCGAUUAUGGAUAUCAUGACGUUCUUCCCCACAAUUCCGCAAGGACGGAAAUUCAGGGGCGACGCGAACCGGGUGCAGAUUGCGUGUCUUGCGCCGGGGCAGGUUCAACAGUACAGGUGGCAACGAGACAACUGGAGCGGCGAGCUUGAUUGGUGUGGACGUGUGGAAGAUGAUGACUUGGGUGGCCAGUUUGGGAUUCGUUUUUGCGUACUAGGAGUGGAGGUAGUCAACGUGCUAAAGAGCUCGUUACAUACUCACUAUUCUUCCCGAUCUGCCGUGCGGAUCGAACCGGAAAACUCCGUGUGA